CACUACACUACAGGCAUGGACAAUUGGAUUGAUCCCCGUCGGGUGAGACCCAGAACGGAACAAGUGCUUGGUGAUCUCACGACUCUCGCUUAGCUCCACUUUGUUCCCACGCUCUUAGCGCCCGAGAGGUUCGUGACAGUCUUUGGUGUGCAGUGCUUUGUUGUGUUUGUGUAUUUUCCUUGGGGUUGCCUUCAGUUUCCCAUUGGUCAACGAGACCUUAGCUGUCAUGUAGCGGAGUUGUCCGAAUCAUAUUGACUCGGUGAUCCGUCGUUGUUUAGUUGUCUACUUCCACUGACCGUCCGAAAUGCUGAAGUCCAUCCUUUCGGGGCGUUUUUCGUUCAUAGGAUCGUCUAGUCAAGCUGUAGACAAUUCGGGGCCUAAUCCAAACUCUCAGUCUCCUAUAGUCUCCACACCUCCAAGUCCCACAGUUUUUUUUGAGUAUGCCCAACAGAAGGCGAAAGCAGGCCUACUUGUCACAAAAGAACUGGACACCGCAAUUGAACGAGUAAAGAAGAACGUUUCUGACAUUGCUAGACAAUGCAGAGCACGCAAUAGCAAAUUCAGGGAUAUCGAAUUUGAUCUAGAGGAAGACAGAAAUAGUUGUCUUUAUGGCCUGGACGCUCCCCCCGAGCCUCGUCCAAACCCCCCAGAUGUACAACGCGUCACACAGAUAUUCAAGAAGCCUCAAUUUUUCCACGAGGGCCCGAAUUCGUCGGAUGUUAUUCAGGGAGGUAUUGAUGACUGCUGGUUUCUAUCUGGCGUCACUACAGUAGCUACUAUGCCAGACUUAGUUGAGAAGUUCUGUGUAGCGAGGGACGAGGAGGUCGGGGUAUACGGCUUUACGUUUCAACGUGAUGGGAUUUGGACAGACGUGAUUAUUGACGAUUUUUUGUUCACUUCCAUUCCGAAGUUUGAGGAAUUGUCACACAAGGAAAGGGGGCUGUACCACCAUGAUAAAGACCAGUAUAGCCGAAUUGCUCGUCAGGGAGGGAAAGGUUUAUAUUUUGCUAAAUCCGGCACGGAGAAUGAGACUUGGGUACCAUUGCUUGAGAAGGCGUAUGCCAAGCUGCAUGGUGAUUAUUCGUCACUCGGGUGGGGCGAAACCGGAGAUGCAGCAGAGGAUUUAACUGGUGGCGUGUCUUCGCAGAUUCAUGUCAAUGACAUUCUUGAUACCGACUGGUUUUGGACCUAUGAGCUCAUGCGCGUCAACGAGGACCGUUUGUUCUCUUGUUCGAUUUACAAUUUGCAGAAUGAUGGAGUAGAGCCUCCCUCAGAGACUAUCAGCGGUUUAAACACAGCGCACGCGUAUUCGAUCCUGAAGGCUGUGGAAUAUCGUGGGAAGCGCUUCUUAAGGAUAAGGAAUCCAUGGGGUCAUCACGAAUGGACCGGUCGUUGGGCAGAUGGAAGUAAGGAGUGGAUCCCCGAGUGGCUGGAUGCUCUUGGAGUUCUCGGGCAUGAGUUUGGCGAUGAUGGUGCUUUCAUCAUGGAAUAUGAGGAUUUCCUCGAAACUUGGACUCUGGUGCAUAGAACCAAAUUGUUUGAUCCGACAUGGGUUGUGUCAUCUUUGUGGGUCAAGGCCUUUGUUCGGCUGCCGUCUUCAGCUUGGGAUUUUGGAGAUGUGUCAUUCACCUUCACGCUUCCCAGCAGCUCGCCCGUUGUGAUUGUUUUGUCUCAGCUCGACAGGCGAUAUUUUGAACCAGUUUCUGGGAUGUAUGAUUGGUCGUUGGACUUCAAGCUCUACAAAAAAGGUAGCAGCGAUGUUCUGGCCACGUCCUCCCAUUCUACAUUUUGCAGUCGGAGCGUUAAUACCGAGUUGACACUCGAGGGUGGCGAGUACGUGGUCCACGUACGGGUGGGACGGUUUGAGACCGGUAGACCCAAGGACUAUGUUGCAUCACAGAGUUCGUCCUGGGACACUCGUAAGUUAGCGAAUGUAAUGAGCAAAGCAGCUAUCAGCGAGUCUAUCGCGUCAAACUUUGAUCCUGACCUCCAGGAUCAUUCCCUUCCUCGCCCAAUGGAGCUCUUUGCUGGCCGGGACCUGCACGAAAUUGAGAUUGAUAGCCAUGCCCGCCUGACAGCGAAACGCCAGGCUAGCGAGCCGCCACUGCGUACUCCUUUACCAAAUGGCGUCGCAGAUAUCUACUCCCCCAUUAUCCCCGAUGCGGGAGGUGGGGGUGGAACUGUAUCUGAGCCCGAACCAGUGCCUUCUGGCUUAGGGGAGCCAGGGCCGAGGCCAAUUGUCGUGAAAGGCGCUGAUCCCGAGCCUGCUACUCCGGUUGUUCCGAGUGCCUCUACCUCCGAAGCCUCACCUGUCAUUGACCGGAUCAUUCAUGAUGAAUAUGCGCUCCCUAUGACCACAACUCCUCCAGGGGUGCCUGUGACAUUGGAUUUUGAUCCACAGACUGGGCAAGCUGCUGAUUCAAAGCGUCAAAAUUCGGUUUCACCGGACCCUGUCAAUCCCGCGGCACCCGACUCUCCUCCGACACCGGUGGAGAUGCCUUUGCCACAGCCACAGAAAGGUCCUGAAAUUCACCACGGGUGCGCGUGUGACGGAUGCGGGAUGAACCCAAUCGUGGGCGCACGGUACAAGUGCCUGGAGAUCAGCUGCCCCGAUUAUGACCUUUGUAGCAACUGCAAGGCCCAGAAGAUUCAUUUCAGUGGCACGCACACGAUGCUGAUGGUUCCGUCACCGAAGGAUGCAGUGCUUCUGGAAACACCCAUCGAGCGGGAUACAGAUAACGGAUUGGUCUUAGGGUUGCGUGUUUAUUCGAAGAUGGAUUGUCCCAGCACGAUUCAUGGCCAGCUGCGCCAUGGACGGGUUAUCCGCUAGAAGUGAUCGCAGAGGGGAAACAUUCUUUUCUAC